AUGUGCACCGAGGUUGGGGAAACCGACCGACGAGGUCAAUCGCGAAUGCAAGGCCGUGAGGAGAUUGGACCCAAGCCCGGAGGUAGCAACACACGCCGCGCACCUGGACACAUCUUCAACUCUGUUACCGUUGAAAUUGUGGGCCGAGGCGAUGGUCACACAUCGAGACGGGGGCAAGAGGCCCGGAUAUCCGCUAAUUGCUCAUCGACCUCUUAGUUAACUUGCCUUCGCCCUAUCUGCGUUUGUGAAACUUCAUGACAAGGGACAGUCACGCCGCAGAAGAAUCAAGAGCGCCAAUUUUCUCUGCGGCCAACGGGAUCGGAGGCGACAAAUUUCGCGGUGAAAUGCGGUUGGAGGCAGUUCUGCCGCCGGAAUUGGCAGGCUGUGCAUCGAGUAAAGUGCGUGUGAGCAUGAUUUUCCAGUCUCUUAACGUGGUUCGGCGAAAUAACUACAGCAAACGCCAGACACCUAACAGAGUGAGCGCCUUUUCCCUUGACAUGUGACCUAAGAAUUACAUGUUCACUAUUAUUGAUAAACUGAAGUAAGCAGAUAGCCCGUUUUUCACAGGAGGACAAACAGAAGAAGAAGAGGAAGAAAAGGAGGAGGUGGAGGAGGAGGAGGAGGAGGAGGACGAGGAGGAGGAGUGCGGCAGGGGCAAGGACGGACGAGGGGAGGAGUACACGCAUAAAUGGCUCACCGAACUAAGAACUGAACAGGACACUGUGGUGGCCAAGACUACGAGAUCAACGUCAACCAUACAAAUGUUAAGUUCGUCCCGACCGGAGAGCUGUGAAAGCCGACUUAUUCAGUAUACAGGGCACGUCGCCGAGUUCCUUGCUCUAGGGUCAGGACAAGAUGACAGUUCGGGAGCGCGUGAGUAGCGGUGCGUUGUUUACGUGGUUCUCAAACGUCCGUACCAGCAUGAGCAAGUGGUUAGCUGAUUGUUGGACAUGUUAUUGGCCAGUCCAUGGACUGAGUCGACGACUGCGUGAUCGGGAGGUAGGAAAGGUCAAGGUCAAGCCAAGAGUGACAAGCUAAGCCAGCCAACGCGCCGGCCGGUGGCGCCUGGUCGUGGGCGCGUUUGUGACUCGUCGCAGCUGGACAGGGGCGCCUUCAGUAAAAUGUCGGGGGAAGGGGGGGGGGGGGGAACGGGUUGGCCGGGCGUUAGCGGCACGCAUGCAGGUUGACACGGAUGUCGCGGUCGCCCAACCAGAGUCAGACGUCGGAAAAUGGGGUGCUCGAGCUGUUCCCAAAAAUGCGCAGCGCCGACUUAAAGUAUUGGACACCCAUUUGAGAAAAAGUUUUAGGGAUUCGCUUUAAGACAAUGACUGAGACAAUGUCUGAGUCGAAAUUCCUUAUGUAGUUCAUCAAAGCGGACGCGCGAAUAGGAACGCAACGGCCAUGUAAUACAAGUGGCUUUGCGUCAAACUCCAGGAAGGGUAAACCUUCCCGUGUCCUUAUGUCAACACUCACUUUAAUCUUAACCGUAACCCUUGUAUUAACUCCAAACCCCAGCUUGAACUUAAUCCUUAACCCGACCGUAACCGUAACCCUAUUUUGCAUGGAAUAUAGCGCUAAGUCACCGGCAUUGCGGGCGGCUCCUGUUCCCAUGCACUGCACCAUAAGCGGCAUUUACUACUGGUUAUCUAUAAGUAUGUCACUUUCCAGACCCAAUAUUUCCUUAAAAAUUGGACAUCAAGAUCAUCUUCACAGGAUGGCCAAUCCCAAUGCCAAUGGCACGAUCUGUUAUCUUGGAAUUCCUGGGUAAGCCGAAUCAUUAGAGCGAGGCAAAAGCCGCUGUUAUUAUUUGCUUUCAGAACAUAGAUUGCACGCAUCGGUAUUCAAUGUGGGCUAUCAUAUCUGCAGAGGGUUCAUAUAAAGGGAUUACGAUCAAGUCUACAUCAAAGCUGGGCACUGCUUACAAACUCAGCGGCAGAUGGCAGAUGUAUUCGAUCCUUGCAAUUGUUGGAUUUGUAGAUAGAAGCCUCCGCCACAAGUCUAACCUAUCAACGGUUAGACCGUCGAUUCCGACGAUGUCCACCGUGCGCUACACAGAACGGUGCAGCAGACAGGGUGACUUGCGCGUGAAUUAGUUUAUGGUGAUACUAGACCUGACCGGCAUCUACAACACUCUCUCUUCCUCACUCCACACUUGGACCCGGUUUCUAGAGAGAGUCAAGAAGACCGGAGUCUGGGGAUGACGCAGGUGGCUGGCACGGCUGGACCCACACCUAGACGUGCCACAAAACUCCCUGGCCCACAACAUACACUUGGCCAGGAUUUUUCGUCAUCAACAACCCCCACAGGAGUCAGAAGGGCGAGGAUGAUGACUGAGCAGCCAUGCCCACCACUUGUAAACCCAGCGGGAGCGCAGGCGCUUCUACUGGCAGGAAGCCAGGCGUCAGGGAACUGCCAGUAAUACGAGGCCGGGAUGGCCAUGGUUUGCUGAUACUGACAUAGCUCACUCUUUCAGACCUUCUGACUUAGAAGGGCGACGACUGGUUCUGCAUUUGGCCUGGGUCGUCACCCUUCAAGGUUCAGUAGCCAAUCAGUCGUCCACUGAUAGUCAAUACCUGUGAAGCACCCACGCAAACACACAUAGUCUCCUCACAUGCAUGGGUGUCACAGAUCGCUUGAAAGGGGGCCGUGACUGCCUGGCUCUCAGCCCACCAGUCCGCCAUUUGAAGAAGGACACACGAUCGCUGGGGCAGGAGCUUUAUUAGCCCGAGUCACAGCGCUCGACGCACCGUCUUCGUCUCAGACUCCGAUCACACAUGCAGCCGUAGAGCCACAUGGAAAAGAAGUCGAGACGCGUACAUCCCACUUGCGUGGGAGACGGCAGUUGGGUGCUUGCGGUGGGUGAUAUUGAUGUGCGGUGAGUUGCUGUUGAGGGAAUAUGUAAUGGUGUAGAGCAGUCGGCAGUUGUCUACCGCAGGUUUUCAUGGACACGCGUGCGCCCUAGUUGACACAUGCCUUGAAUGGAUGUGCGAGUGCAAUGUGGACAGUGGAGGCGGAUACGGUGAGUGUAGGUUGGUGCUUUAGGCACUGGUUUGCUAGUAUCUGUGUGAUGGAUUUGCAAGUGACCGGCCAGGCCGAUAUGAGAAUUUAAGUCCGAUCGCAUUGAGGACGGAAGUAGACCGUGUCCUCAUCACUAGUGUUGAUGGUGGUGGUAUUGGUAUAUGUUGGUGUAGUUUUGAUGGGCAUAGCGGACGCCACAGCGGCAGACCAUGAGGCAGUGAAGGAUGAUGAUGAUGAUGAUGAUGAUGAUGAUGAUGACGACGACGACGACGACGAUGAUGAUGAUGAUGAUGAUGAUGAUGAUGAUGAUGAUGAUGAUGAUGAUGAUGAUGAUGAUGAUGAUGAUGAUGAUGAUGAUGAUGAUAGUGGUGGUUCGGGAGGGUGA